CUACCUUACUUUCACCUCACACCAGGUUGAGGGCCUCCAGCCAACCAUCACCCACGACAGCGCUAGGCUAUCUCUCUCGCCAUUUCCCGAUCACCUACGGCCGCUUUCCACCUGUCACCGGCCACUUCGUUGUCAAGAUGAACAUCCCACCGUGCAAGGAGGACCUACACAUCGGGAAGGAAGACCUGAUCCCGGCCUGCCUCUUCACCGCCUCUUCGGCCCGAUCUGACCACCAGCCACACAACGCCAGACUUAUUAGUUCGGUGCCGUGGUCCCCGAGGGUAUCAGGGGUAUCAGAGUGGGUACAGGUGGACCUGAUGACCACACAGAGGGUGUACUAUCUCCAACACCAGGCCCAUCCCGGCUACCACCAGGCACACCUCAUCCUCCUCAAGUACUCCGGCGACGGUAUUGUGUGGCAGACGGGACCACAGGUGGAGCUGCCACAACAAGCUGACGUGUACGAGUACUUGUUUCCAAAGGUUGCCAUAGGCAGGUACUUCAGGCUUUACGUCAGGUCGUGGUAUCGCACCAGUGAACUGCCUGGCUUCAAGUUUAACUUGCUGGGAUGUCCCUUCAACCCCAGACCAAUGAUGAACGCUAGCCAGAUAUGCACCACUCCUGUCAAGCCACCUUCUAUUAACCCAGAUGUGCAUGGUCGACACCUCGUGGUAGACACGACCAAUGACUGCCUAUACUUCUGUGAAGACUCCCAGCAAAUGGAGACGAAGUUGUGUUACACUACACGCGACGCAGGUGUCACCUGGGUGGCCUUGCCCUACUACAUUAGCAUCAUCCUGGGCUUCUCUCCAGAUAGCACCACAGUCUACGUUACCGAUCUUACCAAUUCUACUUUCUCGUCCUCCAGCGACUGCGGCAUCACCUGGUUGCCUGCCAAUGAGGAAGAGUUGGAGGUGGUAAAAACUACAUGGACUGCAGCCACACACAUACCCUAUGAAUCCCUCAGUGCUGCCACUCACACCAUAGACAGAUGGGGCGCCAAUUCCCUCGGCAUCUUCCGGGAUAACAUUCAAGUGGCUUCCUGGUCCUCCUGCUGCUACCCCAGCCUCCAGUGACCUGUAACCCCAGCCUUCAGUGACCUGUGACCCUAGCCACAAGUGACCUGUGACCCCAGCCUCCAGUGACCUGUGACCCCAGCCUCCAGUGACCUGUGACCUCAGCCUCCAGUGACCUGUGACCCCAGCCUCCAGUGACCUGUGACCCCAGCCUCUAGUAAACUGUGACCCUAGCCUCCCAUAACCUGUGACCCCAGCCUCCCUAACCUGUGACCCCAGUCUCCCAUAACCUGUGACCCCAGUCUCCUGUGACCUGAGAUUCCAGCAAAGGGAAUUAGUGAGUGGUUCUUAGUUAGGGGAAAUGCAUGACUAACGGUUGAUGAUUGGUUGUUGGUGAGUGAUGUGUUGACUGGUGAGUGGUGACUGGUGGCUGAUGUGUUGUGAGUGGUGGCUGGUGAGUGGUGGCUGGUGAGUGGUGGUUGAUGAGUGGUGACUUGUAACGGUCAGUGGAGAAUGGUGACUGGUAAUGGUGACUGUUAAUGGUGACUGGUUAGUGGUGACUCAUAAGCGAGUGACUUAUAUGGCCCUUACUGCUGGCUGUGGUCAAGUGAGGAGAUUAUGUUUUGUUGGUCCUUAGAAUCUUAUCUAAAACUUUGAGCUGUUCUUAAAGCAUAUUAUUAUGAUAGGCUUAACGUGAUAUAUUUAUGUGUGUGUGUGUGUGUGUGUGUGUGUGUGUUAUUUCAGUUGUCACAGUAUUAACAUGUUAUAUCUUACAUUAAACUCUUCAGCAUAUGCCCUGUAUAUUACUAACCACUGUUUCACCAUGUAAUAAUAUCUGACGGGGAAUGGCAGUAAAGUCAGUACCAAGAUGAUAAGUGUUACUCCGUGUUGUCUACUGAACUGUCAGCAGGAUGAACUUUAGUCUUUGUCAAGGGACUUAGCACUGUUUGACUCAACUACCCGCAAUUCCCGCAUUCCUUUUAGUAAUUUAAGUUUAGAAUAUCCAAUAU